AUGUCUGCCGCCCGCGACGAAAUCGACCGUCUCUUGGACUCCCCCCGCCCGCCUGCUGCCCACCCCGAAGACUGCCAGCCUGAUAUCACUCUCUCUAGCCUUGACGACAACAACAACAACGACGACGACCUCAAUUCCCACCGCAACACCCGGGCCAGCAGGCUGCGAUACGUCCCUUCUGAAGACGAAGACGACGACGACGAUACCGACGACGCCAUGAUGGUCUCAAAGCCCCCCGCCUACCACAUCCCGACCACUGUCUACGACGCCAACACCGGCCCCAAGGGCGUCAUCGCCGACGCCCAGUCCUACGAGCGCGCCAAAAAGAGGUCUUUCCGCCGUGUGCUUAUGAGCGCUGCCGGCCUAGACUCGCCCGUCUACGCUCAGGAUGCCUCCGUGACCGCUGCCGGCACUGCGACUGCUGCUGCGGCCCCUCGCCAGCGAACACAAAGCCCCGCUGCCGGUGCGCGCACACCGCCUGACGAGAGCGGUGACGACGACGAUCGCUUCAUGCGCGAAUGGCGCGAGGCCCGCAUGCGCGAGCUGCAGAACAAGACCGCCCGCCGCUCCAGCCCCAGCAAGCGCUGCUACGGUACUGUCGAUGCGGUUAAUGCGAACGGGUACCUAGAUGCCGUCGAAAAGGUCACGGCGGACACAGUUGUGGUGGUGUGCAUAUACGAUCCGCAGUCGUCGGAAAGCUCGAUCGUCGAGGACUGCCUCAACACCGUCGCCCGCAAACACGUCACCGUGCAUUUUGUCAAGUUGCACCAUGAGAUCGCCGAGAUGGACCACAUCGAGGCCCCCGCCCUGCUGGCCUAUCGCAACGGCGACGUCUUUGCGACCAUCGUCGAUAUCUUCAAGCAGCUGCCAGACGGCCGUGAUUGCAGCUCGUCCAGCCUGGAAGCCCUUUUAAUGCAAAACCAUGUUGUCUAG